AUGGCCAUGUUCCGUUACUACAUGGACAUGCAUAUCCAGAAUAUGGGCAGAGGCGGGUCACGAAACGGGGAUGCACUUGUGCACUGCGCUGACAGAUGUAUCCUUUCCGCCAAGCGGAUCAUCGAGGUUACGUGGUACAACUCGACUUACAUUAUGAUGGCGGCCGCGGCCCUCCUUUCUUAUAUCACCCGCGGGCGCACGAGCUCUGCCACAAUGUUGAAACAGUGGGUGGAGAUGGCAAUGGAGAUUCUAGACGCCAUGGAGGAGUCUGCCGUGGCGAGGAAGUGCGCCGAGAUCCUGAAGAAACAUUUGACAGAGGUGGCUGAUUUGGAUGCUGGUGGGAUGCUGCCGGCGACAGCAGGGGUGACGGUGCCGAAUGGCGGCGAGUACGGAUACAUGACAGGUGACGUGCUCUCAGAUCAGGAAAACUUUAACCAGAUCCUAGACUUCUCGUUUGGCGAUAUGGCGAGUCUCUUCCAGGGCUUCAACGACAUUGGCAGUUGA